AUGCCUUGGAGGAAACCGGUACGCAAUAAUGGUGGAAUGCCAAAAUGGACUUUCAUUCUAUAUUUGGCUAUCCUGGGCAAGCUGAAUACAAGAGACAAACUAGCAAGAUGGGGGGUGACUAAUGAGCCAUUGUAUCCUCUGUGCAAUAUAGAAGAGGAAAGCAUUGAGCACUUAUUUUUCAAAUGCACUUUUGCAGCAUCAAUAUGGAGGAAACUACUGCAAUGGAUGGGUAUCAAUAGGCAAGCUAUGAAGUGGUGUCAAGAAGUAGAAUGGGCAUACAGUAAUGCAAAAGGCAGAUCAGCAAAUGCUGAGAUAUAUAGAAUAGCUCUAGCGGGUUGUGUCUACUAUGUGUUGCAGGAACGAAACCACAGGAUUUUCAGAGCUCAGCAAAGUCAA